GCUUGGCCGCUCGUCCGCGAAUUUUUGUGCGGAGGAAAGCUUUCUCACCGUCAAAAGGUACUCUCGCCAAGUUCUGCUUGCGUUCUAAGGAGAGCGAAUUAGAGUUCCCGUAGAAGCUGGCUGCAUCGACUGCUGGAAUACUACAUUUAUCUAAAAACUAUGAAAAUAAUAGUUAUUGGACCCUGUCAGUCUGGAAAGACGGCUAUUUCCAACUACCUGGCCGAGGCAACUGAAAACUCUUCCGGGCAAUACCAACCUACAAAAGGCGUGCGAAUCUUGGAAUUUGAGAGCCCACAAAUUUUAGUGAAGGGCCGACAAACCACGACGCCGGUUGAACUUUGGGACUGCAGUGGAGACCAAAAGUAUGAAAACUGUUGGCCCGCGUUUGCUAAAGAUACACAAGGCAUUGUAUUCGUCUAUUCCUCGGACCAAAAGAAUGUAUCAACGGCGCUUGACGUAUGGUACAACAACUUCGUUCAAUCGCAAGGCGUGAGGGACUCCCAGUGCGUCGUGUUCUGUCAUCGAAAGUCAAGCGACCGCCCUGCAGGAAAUCCUUCCCAACUGUCACACUUGUUUGCCCGGAUCACUUGGGUGUCGACGAACAUAGACGACACCGAAGAUGGCGGUAAAGGCGGAGAGCAGACGCGACACGAGUUCAACAAGUUUCUGGAACGCCUGUCAAAUGAGUUGAACGAAAGGCACGACCAGGAGGAGCUCAGCAUCAUUGGACAGGCUUGACAUCUGAACGAUGCUUAGCCGAAUCCCAGCUUCGAUUGCUCAGAAAAUAAUAAUAAUAAAGAAUCGUUUAUCCUUGACGAACAAAACCCCGCAAAUAAA